UAUAAAAGGCUAUGUCUAUCAAGGUAUGCAUAUAGUUAUUUUAGAUUAUUUUUUAUUGAUUUUUUGUUUAGAUUUUUAAAUAUAAUGAUAAUAUUAAAGUUAAUAUGGGGACUUUUGCUACUUUGUUAUAACUCUAUUUGUCAAGAUACAAAUAUAGGAACUGGAGUUACUGGAGUUGUCUCUAACCAAGAGGGUCUUCCACCAAGAGUCCACCAACUUAUCAUAUUGGAUAGUGUACCAAUUGAAAAUGUGCUUGGACAAGAUGUUUUAAAACUAGAAUGUACUGCAUCAGGAAACCCAGUACCAAAAAUUGAGUGGUCAUUUAAUAAUGUUAAAUUUGUCCCAGGUCAACCUUUUAAUGGAAUUGAAAAUGCUCCAAUUCGCCAUACAAUUCAAGGUGGAAAAUUGACUAUAACCAACAUAAAAGGAAAGUCUGAAUUUGAUAAUAACAACUAUGAUACUGGAAGGUAUAGGUGCAUUGCGACAAAUGAAAUAGGAACUGUUUUUGCGGAAAUUUUUAUCAAUGUUCGUGUAAUGGGUGUCUUUAGUCCAGGUUUUCAAUUUGAAAAUGAGCCAACUAAACACAGACCUGUUAUUGGACAAAAAUUCAUUGUACCUUGUCCAAAUCACAAAAAAGGUUAUGGCACUACUAUUCGAUGGGGUACAGUUAGCAAUGAAAGAGUAAUAGACUAUUGGUUGCCAGGUUAUAAUCCUCGUGUAUUUCAAACAUCAAACGGUGCACUUGUGUUCAGUGUUGUGCUUGAAGAUGAUAUCAAAGAGUCACGAAACUCUGGUGGUCCUCGUUGUAUUUUAAUGAAUUAUGGACUCACAAGGUUUUCAAAUCAGCAAGUUUUGUAUGAAUCAUAUGAUAAUAAACAGGAAACAAGGAAACCAGAGCUUCUAGCAUUACUUGAUCCUCAAAUGAUUGCUCCAAUUGAAUCAACAUAUUCAAUGAUAUGUGGUGCACUUGGAUUUCCAGUUCCAACUUAUCGAUGGGAAUAUCAAGGAGUAGAACUUGUUCCAUUAAGACCUGGUGGAAAUGAAUUAAAUUUUGAGUUUUUUGAGUUUUUACCAAAUCGUCUUGAGCUGCGUAUUCGAAGAGUUACUCAAUAUUCUGGUGGUACAUUUAAAUGUUAUGCAUCUAACUCUUUAGGAGAAAUUUGGACUAUUGGACAGUUGUCUGUUGCAUUUCCACCAGUAUUUAACAUCUUUUUUCCUGAUGAGAUUAAUGUGCCAUUUGAAAAUGCUUUUGAGAUCAGAUGUAAUGCAUCAGGAUUCCCUGUUCCUAAAUUUGAAUGGUAUCAUAAUAGUACACAGCUCUCUGUAAAAGAUGCUCGAAGAUCUUGGACUGAGAAUACAGAUAAUCAGGGUUCUGUUCUGUCAUUUACAAAAAUGGCUUUCAGUGAUAAUGGAAUUUAUAUAUGCAUAGCUAUCAAUUCUCAAGACACUAUUACUCAAUCAACAUUUAUCAAAGUUCGAGCCAUGGCUCCUCUUUUUGAAAUACCAGUAGAGGACCCAAUUUAUCUAUUCCGAACUGCAGAUAUGAUGAUACACUGUUCACCAUCUGCAGGACCAAUUCCAACAUUUACAUGGAGUAAAGAUAAUGUUGUUAUUGCUGAUGGUGGAAGGUAUACAGUUUAUUCAAAUGGUACUUUACUAAUUAAAGGUGUUUUAGCAACAGAUAGCGGUCUAUAUAAAUGUUCUGCAGAAAAUCCUCUUGGAAAAGCAGAGAGUCAAGGGACCGCAAUAGUUUUAGAGCCAACUGUAAUUACUCAUCCUCCUAUAUCUCAAGGCCAUCAAAUAGGAUUUUAUGGCAUACAGUUAUUUUGUGGUGCUUCUUGGGAUACACGUCUAGAGCUUCGUAUUGAAUGGUACAAAGGUGGUGUAAGAAUGGCAAAAUUUGAUGACCGUAUCUAUAUAGAAAAACGUAGUGCUGGACCACCAAGAAUUUUAUACAUAAAUAACCUAACAAUUGAUGAUGCUGGUAACUAUUCAUGCCAUGCUUUUACAAAAGUUGGAAAUGUUGUUUCUGAGCAAACAGCAUUUGCAAUUCUUACUGUUAGGGGUCCUCCUCAACCACCAGCAGGUGUUCGUGUAACUGGCAACUGCGGAAAUUAUGAUGCUCUUAUACAAUGGACUAGGGGUGAAGAAUUAGGAGCUGAAACCAGAGGGUUUUCUGUUGAGUUUUCUACCAAUGUAACAGCAGCCAAUGGUAUAUGGUAUGGUGGUAUUGGUGACUUUUUGAAUCCAAAUCAACUGUAUCAUGCUUAUCCUGGUACACGUAUCAGUUUCAAAUUGACUCGUGAAAAUCUUGUCCCAGGUGCAAAUUUGAUAUUUCGUUUAAAAGGUUACUCAGAUAUGUUGAUGGGAAAUCCAAGCAGACCUUCAAAAAGUGGCCAAUGCAUAACACCACCAGGCCCCCCACCAAUGAAUCCUUUGAAUGUAACAGGAAUAACAAAAAUGAUGCCAGGAGUUUUAUUUAUUUCAUGGACAGCAAUAACAGAUGUAUAUUAUGGAGCUCCUGAUUUUUUUUAUGAAGUUGGUUUCAGACUUGUAGGAGCACCAUCCUUCACUGUUAAUCAAAUAAGAGAUUUAAAUGUAACAGAAUUUCAGAUCCCAACACCUGGAAUUAAUAAGGAAUAUGAGUUUUAUGUUCAGUCUAAAAAUAGUCUUGGAGAAGGACCUCCCUAUAAAACAGUUACAGCAUUUUCAGGAAAAGAGCCUCCAUUAUUACCUCCAAAGAAUUUUAAAGUUGCUUCAAUAACUCGACAUAUUAUUGACUUUACUUGGACAAAAGCUGACAAUGCAGAAGGUUAUAGGCUAAAAUAUUGGAAUGUAACUGAUGCUGAAGAUUUGAGAGGAAGAUUAAGGCGUGCAAUAACUGACCCUAUUGUUUAUAAUUACCAAUAUUUUUAUGGCAAUGAUUUUCAAUCUGGUGGUUCAUUGGUUAAUAUGUCUGCACAAUUAACUUUUCUUGCAACAAUUUCAUCCUAUAAUAGUGGCGGUUUUAGUCCAGAAAGUGAUGUCAUAUCUUUUGAAUCUGAUGCACGAGUUCCUGAUGCACCAUACGGAGUUCAAUUUCGAGUUUUUGGUCGAUCUGCGCAUAUAAGUUGGCAGCCUCCACUUAAUCCAAAUGGAUAUAUAGAACAGUAUGAGAUUACCUGGGAAAACAGUCAGCUUGAGUUGUUAGGUCUACCUCCAGUGGUUGUUAAAACUGAAAGAAUGAGUGUUGAUCGUAGGUCUCGUGAGGCAUACCUUAUUAAUAUGUUUGUUCCUCUGACAUAUUAUGGUGUGAGAAUAAAUGCUAGAAAUCGAAUCGGACCUGGUGGAGAUUGGGAAAAGAUACUUGUUGCUGUUAGUGAAGAUGACAUUCCUGGAAAACCUAAUGCUCCAAAAGCAGUUUCUUUUGAUGAUACUUCAAUUAACGUAACAUUCCAGUUACCAAAUUAUGGUGGUUUACCAUCAAUGUUUUAUAUUUUUUAUCGGCCAAGAGGUAAUUAUUUUAAAGAAGUAAAGAAUGUUUCACAAUUGUUUCCACAGCAGGCUUGGGUUUUAGUUAAAGAACUUCAAUUUGUACCUUAUGAUUUUUGGACAGUUGGUGUAAAUUCAAUGGGCCAAAGUGAAACUAGUGAUGUUACUGAGCAAAGACCAAUAAGAGCUUUAAAGCCUGAAGCACAUGCAUCACAAUUUCCGUGGUAUCGUAGUAACUGGUUUAUUGCAGUUGGUUUAUGCUUGCUCUUCAUAACUAUAACUUUGUUAACACUUAUUUUCUUGUUAAGAACUGGUCCAGUUCCUUAUAAAAGUUUGAAAGAAGAAUCUGACUACAAAGGUGGUUAUCCAUCAGGAGGAGCAAAAGCAAAAUCAAAGACAAAGGCACCAAUAGUUGCAGCUGUUGGCGCAGCAGCAUUUUCUGCAGCAGAUGAUGAAGAUAACCCACCACCUCGAUAUUCUGAUCAAGAUUCCAUUUCAAAGAAAUCUCCAGCAACUAGUCGGUCAGGAAGUGAGGGAAGCCGCUCUGGAUCUAGAAGCCAAUCUGAUGAAGAACUGAGUAAAAGUGAAAGUGAAAGCGGAAGUGAGUAUAGCGAUGAAGAAAAAGGCUCAUAUUAUAGCGAUGAAGAAAAGAAAAAAGAUAGUGAUGAUGAUGAUGAUGAUGCUGAAGAUACCACGUUUGUUUAGGCUUUGCUCCUUUGACAUUUUAUUAUGAAAAAAUAAACAAAUCUUUGUGCUGUUUCAGGCGCAGAUAAUUUCUCUUUUUAAAUUAUCUAUUGAAAAGACAUUAUUUAUCGUUUAUGAUUUCGAACUUUAUCAAAAAUGAACAAUAUGCAUGUUUCAUAUCUCAAUUAUUUAAGAUUUAUAUUUUAUACAUUAGUAAUUAGUAAUUUUUUUUAAUUCUUCAAUCAAUUUUUAAAGUUUUUUUUUUUUUUUUUUUGUAUGUUUGAUAUGAAUGUAAAAAGGUGGUUGAACUAUGUAUUUAUGUUUUUUUAUUUACCUGGGGGUAUUCAACUGUAUUUUAUACUUUGUUAAAAUAUUUGUAAGAUAAUUUGUUUGGAAAAUGAUUUUAAUGGAUUUAUAAAUUUAA